GCGCGUAGAAGAAGGCAAGCGGUGUGGGAGGAAUUAAUGGUUGCGUCCAGCUUCCGGUUUCCGCCCUGUGGCAGCUUCCUGGAGCUCUUCUCAAAAUGCUAAACUACUCUGUGGAAGUCCGCAAGGCUGUAGCAGUUGGAGUCUGUUCUCGGGCCUGAGCCUCCAGGCCAGGCUCCUGGGCGUCGUUAAUGUUCGGGGCCGCCGGGCGCCAACCGAUCGGAGCUCCAGCCGCCGGGAACAGCUGGCAGUUCAGUAGAACCAUGGAGGAGCUGGUUCACGACCUGGUCUCGGCCCUGGAGGAGAGCUCAGAGCAAGCCCGAGGUGGCUUUGCUGAGACUGGCGACCACUCUCGAAGUCUGUCCUGCCCUCUGAAACGCCAAGCCAGGAAAAGAAGGGGGCGGAAGCGGAGAUCGUACAAUGCCCACCACCCAUGGGAGACCGGGCACUGCCUAAGCGAAGGCUCUGAUUCUAGUCUAGAAGAACCUAGCAAGGACUAUCGAGAGAAUCACAAUACUAAUAAAAAAGACCACAGUGACUCUGAUGACCAAAUGUUAGUGGCCAAGCGCAGGGCAUCCUCAAGCCUAAACAAUAAUGUCCGAGGGAAGAGAGCUCUGUGGCAGGAGUCUGACUUUGCUGUUGACAACCUGGGGACCAGGACUCUUCGCAGGAGGAGGAAGGUAAAGCGCAUGGCGGUGGAUGUCCCACAGGACAUUGCUAACAAACGGACCAUGACCCAGCCGCCCGAGGGCUGUAGAGAUCAGGACAUGGACAAUGACAGAGCCUACCCGUAUCAAGAAUUCACCAAGAACAAAGUGAGAAAAAGGAAGUUGAAAAUAAUCAGACAAGGACCAAAGAUGCAAGAUGAAGGGGUAGUUUUAGAAAGUGAGGAAGUAAAUCAGAACAAUAAAGACAAAAUGGAUUAUGAAGAGCAAAAGGUCUCAGACGAGCUCAUGAGCGAAAGUGACUCCAGCAGUCUCAGCAGCACUGAUGCUGGUCUGUUUACCAAUGAUGAAGGAAGACAAGGCGAUGAUGAGCAGAGCGACUGGUUCUGUGAGAAGGAAUCGGGCGGAGCAUGUGGCAUCACUGGAGUCGUGCCUUGGUGGGAGAAGGAAGAUCUCACAGAGCUGGACAAAAAUUUACCAGAUCCUGUCUUUGAAAGUAUCUUAACUGGUUCUUUCCCCCUUAUGUCGCAUCCGGGGAGAAGAGGUUUCCAAGCUAGACUCAGUCGCCUUCAAGGAAUGCCUUCAAAGAAUAUUAAAAAAUCCAGAGGGACCCCAUCUUCAAUGGUGCCCACUGCGGGCCCGGUCAGCAACAAGAGGAUGGUCCACUUCUCCCCGGACUCACAUCACCACGACCACUGGCUUAGCACUGGGGCUAGGACAGAGCAUGGCCAGCAUCAGCUUCUGAGAGAUAACCGAGCUGAACGAGGACACAGGAAAAGCUGUUCAGGGAAAACAGCCAGCAGGCAAACAAGCAUACAUUUAGGGUCCUUAUGCACAGGAGACGUCAAAAGGAGGAGGAAAGCUGCACCUUUGCCUGGACCUACUGCCACAGGAUUUGUUGGUGAAAAUGCCCAGCCCAUCCUAGAAGACAACAUUGGAAACCGAAUGCUGCAGAAUAUGGGCUGGACCCCAGGGUCGGGCCUCGGCCGAGAUGGCAAGGGGAUCGCAGAGCCAAUCCAAGCCAUGCAGAGGCCCAGAGGUUUAGGACUUGGAUUUCCUCUUCCAAAAAGCACUUCUGCAACUCCUACCCCUGCUUCAGGAAAAUCCCCCUAAGAAGAAAAGCAAGGAAGAGCUGAGUUAUGAUUUUUAUUCACCUGCCCCUUUGUUCUGAAUUACUGUACACUUUCUGAUUUCAAAGCAGAAGUCACCAUUGCCGCAAACUCAUCCUAGCUUCCCAAUACACAGUCCUGGGACAGGGACAGAAACGGGAGCUUGUCGCUGUCCGUGGUGCUAAAGCGAACACCUGUACCCUAUCAUUUCUUUUUCAGUAAUUUCCAGCUAUUUCUAGGUAGAAAGAGCAGUUGAUUUCCUUUACUUAUUUUGAUCUCAGAUGUCGAUGCUUGCUGAUGCUUUGCUCAAUCCUGUACGCAUGUGACGCCCGGACCGAUGAGCACCGCUUGUCUCCAAAGUAGGAUCUUGUCUCCUGUCAUCCUCUCCUCCCAGUCCUAAGCAAAACUCUGAGAGGCUGGGUGACUUCAUACGCCUUGAAUUUGGCCUAAUUCUGUGUCUUUGGACAACGUAGGAUGAAGUUCACAGUUAGCAAAGAGUAAUUAAUAUUUGCCUUGGACAUUUUGACAAAAAUAAACCUCAUCAUUGUUAUCACCAGAGUGCCCUCAACAUUACUUUAGUGCAGAUUUUAUAAAUUUUACCUCAUGUAGCAUGUGAAGUAAUUACUGAAAGGAAAAUGUAUUUUUAAAAUUCACCACGACUGAACUGUAAAUUCUAUUCAUCCUGACAUCUACCUCUCUCUUCCCAAAGGCUGAUAUUUUUUUAAAAUCAACUCAAGUGUAAGAAACUGAUUUUAAAUUUUAAUCACUGGAGUAAAUCAUUACACUAUUGAAUCAAUUUAUUUGAAGGGUUAAAUGGCUCUCCCAAGAAUUCAGAUUUCUGGCAAUGGCCUGACCCCUUUACAAGGUGAACAAGAGAAAGUGAAAGAAACCUAAUGCCCUUUUUAAAUCAAAGCUGUUACUUUACAACGAAGCAAAACAAAUUAUUUUUAUUUUAUGCUCAAUAUUGAGUUAUUUCUCAAUCACGUGCUUCAGAGUGUCAGAUUCUAAAUUACUCUUAGUUUGACGGGGUUGAUUUGUUAGUGAUCUUCAUGAUCUUCAUCAUUAAGAACCAAUAAUUACUGUAUUAUUCUAUUUACAAUGGCUUGCAUUUGUUGGGUAAAGGUCAAGAUUAGCCUAUAUGAAUCACUUUUCUAGUAGUUUGGGUUUUUUUUAUUUUUGUAAAUUGUCCAAAAAGAGUUUUUAAAGACAAUAGAGAACACAUCUUUGUCCAGUGGUCCCCUAACCAAAAAUGCUUCCCUGCCAACUGGGGAAGGAAGAGGCACCCUGUGAUUUCAAAGACUUGCUGAUUUGCUGGAUGUGCACAUUUCUUUUAAGAAUUGUCUUUCUUCCUCGGGGCAUGUGGUAAGAGAAAAGGAUGUGUAAGGGACUGUGGACCUCCUGAGUUGCACCUUGAAGCAUUCGUGGGAGCUAAACUGACCUUAGCUGAUUGCUUUCUGAACGUUUCUCACUAGAACUAGAUUUUUGAAUUGUUUUUUCUAAAUGCUCACGGUAUUUAUGCAGGGGGAUGAUGGUGGAGAUUAUGUACGGACUUUUAAGACUUAUGUGUCAUACUGUACGGUGUUCAAAAAUCUAUUGAAAAUUUGUUUUGUUUUGUUUAACUCCAUUUCCUGAAGAUCUUCCAAAGUGCUAGCAUUUCAGACAGCCCGGUUUUGAGCCACUGGUAAACAGGCCGCGACAGGGCCCACGACGUGGCUGUUGCUUUUCCCCCGAUCGACCGUGUCCUAAUGGUUGCAAAACGCUCACAGUAGAGCACACUGCAUGAACCAGAGCGGCCAGGGGUCCUCAGUUAAAUAAGCCGCCUUUACGGGGGCUUCUUUUUGUCACUUUCCGCACAGGCACAAAUCUGGAACAACUCCUGAAAGAUGUUCACGUAGCUUCCCCGGAAGCACACCUUCCUGUUGGCUAGAAACAGAGGGAGUUCUUUAUCCGGCACCUGCACCGAGAGCGCUCCGUGCGGCUCAUGGAAGACUUAACUACCUCCUGUCGGGAUCAGCAUCAGAGCCCACCCCAGCUGCCCCACCCUCGGGCCUGCCCUGGGGACCAGUCCCGAGGAGAGCACACUGGCUUCCCUGGAGAAAUGGGCACUUGGGAAACGUUUAUGUGUCUUUCUAGAAUACAAAACACAGCAACGUGUGCUGCGUAUGUAGUUAUAUUAAUUUUUGUCAAUAAAUACGUCCCUAGAACCCAAAGCGUCCAAAACAGUUCGUAGUUUAGAAAGCAUCGUUCAAAUCUCCUUGGAAAGCGGCGAGGUCUUUCCCUGCUCCCGCAUGCAGCCAUCUUACCUCCUACGGAUUAAUUCAUUGUGCUACAAAUUAUUUUCCGUGCAUAGAUCUCUCCCCUCCCUACGCAAUGACCCAUCCCCGCAGUAGUUCAGGGAGGCGGGCGUGACCUCCUUAACAACUGGACUUUUUUCUUUAUGUUUGUCUUACCUGCUAUGGGCCAGACUACGUGCUGCAGUCAUUUCCUUCCUCUCUUUAUUCUCAGUACCAUUUUGAAGGCUACAUACCCUCCAGAUUUGUUUUUAUUUUUAAAUGAUCUGACACCUCUUUAAAAGAAAAUUCAUUACUAAAAUUUACCAGUUCAUUGGUCUUAGCAUUUGAAGACAUAGAUUUCAUAAUUCAUGUUAUGGUUAGCAGACAGGAGUUAACACAGUAGGGUUUUGGCCUGGCAUUGUGAUGCACUCCCGCACUCGGAAGGCGGAGGCAGGAGGAUCUCCAAGACUUCGAGGCUGGCCUGUGCUAUUUAGUGAGUUUGAGGCCAGCCUGAACUACAUUGUGAGACCCUGUCUCAGGAAAACAGUAGGGUUACAGCUAAUAUGUCCAUAUAAGUGUAUUUAUAGCACACAUAUAUGCAGUUUACAGACAUGAUUGCAAAAUACUGGUUUUAUUAAUGUGUUCAUCUCAACAUUAUUAAUUGGUUUUCUCUUAAUUAACUAAAAACUCUCUUUAGCACAUUUCCUCUUGGGCAGAUAUUUCAUGAAAGAAAAAUCCCUGUUGAUACACAUUUUAAAACUGUUUUCAUCUUUUUUUGUCUUUUAAAAAGAAAGGCGAUCUAAAUUGUAAAAUGAAGUUGUUAGAAAAUAAUAUUUUGGAUUAUUUUUAGUUUUUUG